CAAAUUUCACACUCUUAGCUGUGUUCUAAACAGUGGGCCAUGCACGUGUUUACUCCCUCACUUCACAUCAUCAUCAUCACUCUUUUCAACAAUCUCUCCUUUAUAACCAAACUUUCUCACCUCAUCUUCUCAUCACAUUUUCACUUUCUCAGUGACACAUUUCAUCAAACACCUUCUCUCUCUCUCUCUCCCAAAAUGGCCAAGCUUGCAAAACUAACAAAACUCAAAUCAGCCAUCAAAAGAUGGCCUUCGUUAACCAAAUUAUCCCGCAACAGCAGCUCUGUCUCUUCCUCCUCCAACAAACACGAACAGGAACAACAACUUCAUGCUGUUUACGUCGGAAAGUCGCGGCGGCGGUAUCUUGUGAACUCUGAAGUUGUUCAGCAUCCUGUUUUUCAGGAGCUGGUGGAUAGGUCUUGUUGUGAAGAUGGUGUUGUGGUUGUUUCUUGUGAGGUUGUUUUGUUUGAACAUUUGUUGUGGAUGCUUGAGAGUGGUGGAAAUGAGACACAAUUGGGUUCCAUGGAUGAACUUGUUGAAUUCUACAAUUGUGGUGCAUGUUAAUGGCUGGUUCACAUUUUGAUGAAUUGAUGAUUAUGCUUUGUUAACAUAGCUAGAUACAAGGUUUUAAAAAAAGGUCCGCAAUCGAAAACAUUUGCGACAAAACGGUAUUGAUAAAUGCAAAUUACAAUUACUAUUACUUCACGCUGCAACGACUGCAAUCAACUGCAACGAACGUUUCAACACUUGCUAUUUAAAACCUUAUUAGAUAGCAAUAACAGUAAGCAACUGACUUAUAUUGUUUUGUUUUGUUUUGUUAUGGUGAUUAAAAAUAGGCGAAUUUGUCAAUUGAGAUUGAUUAAGUGUAUUUAAGUGAUUUUAUAUAUAUACUAUUGCCGUGAGCAUUGUGUUAAACAUAAAUUAUGAUUCUGAUGUAAUUUAUUUUACUUAAUUGAUGUGCUCAGAGUUAUCUAUUUGAUUUUUUGUUCGUUUCUCAAAUCUCAAGUACACAUUUAUUAAGAAUAAGUGCUAAUUGUCCUCAAG